AUGCAGGCGCACGCGAAAGCGCCAAGGAAUGCCCCCAAACUGAGGAGUGCCGAGGCCCUCCUGAACAGCGCGCUGCGAUCACCCGCGCAGGAGUUCGCGUCCCCCGCAGCGGCGCGGCCGCAGCGGCCGCAGAGCUCGCUCGGCGACAGCGAGAGCGUGGCGACCAGCCUGAGCGUCUCGGAGGACAGCUAUGCCGACACGAUGGUCAUGAGGUCGACCGCCUCGCUGGGCCCGAGCCGCACCCUGGCCAGGGCCGCCCGCAAGCAUGGGAGCGGCCUGCAGAUCAGACCGGAGAGCCUUCUGAAGGCGAACUAUGGCCGCCCGCCCCCGAGACUGGCGGAGCUGGCCGUGGUGGAGGCGCAGCGGCAGGCGCGGAAUGUGCUCCGGAACGUGAGCCGGAGGGUGCUGGAGCGCAUAGUGCCCGGUGUCUUCGAUAAGAAGGAGGUGUGGCCGCCCAAGGCGCUGUCCUCCAGCCUCGUGUCGCGGGCCCCAGCCAGGUGGGAGCCGCACGCGCCCCGCAAAUACCCCGUGGCGGAGGAGGAGACCCUCAAGCCGAGCAGGCAGGCAUACCUGACGCAGGCCGCGCCGAUGCCGCCCCCCGUCCGCUGGUUCGGGCCCCCCGCUGCCCCGCAGAAGGCCAGCCCGAUGCUGUCCUCGCAGUCGGCCCCGUCGCUGCCAGCCAUCGAGGCGUCGAGGCAGCCAGCCUCCUCGCCGGGCAACGAGAACGCCGGCGUUGAGGCCUACCUGAAAAAGGUCAAGGAACAGAAUCGGCGGAGGCGGCAGGAAAGCAUGCAGCAGCUGCGGAGCCUCGCGCGGGGCGCUGGCGGGGGGCCCUACACCCUCGGCCAGGUUUACGUCGAGGUGGAGGCGAUCUCCCGCCAUGUUCCCACGCCGGACUGCCGGGCGCUAGAGGGCAGCCUGGGACCGGACGCCUGGGGUGGCGCGAGGGGCUGGCUUCUCACGCGCAACGUCAGCAACAUCACACGUAGGCCGCAGAGGGAGAAUCCUUGCAGCCACCUUGCAGAUGGCACGCGAGAUCCUGACGUACUCCGAAACUCUGUCAAGAAGCUCAGGGCACCCUCGGAGAAGGUGGGCUCGGAUCAACCAAACCUCCCUGCGGGUCUUGACGACCAGUGCGACGCUGGCGCGCCGCGCGGGGCGCCUGGAGCGUUUGGCCUGGCGCAGCAGCUGCCGGCGGCGCGCCUUCCGUUUGACCGGGCCUUUGGAAUCGUGUCCGAGGCGUCGGGGGCGUGCGGCCGAAUUGGGCUCGUGGCCAUGCCGCAGCUGGCGACGAUGCCAGAGGCGGCAAAGAUGGCGGCGGCGUCGAUGCUCGGCGAGACCACGUGCGUAGCCGACCUGGAAGCAGAGAGAUGGCCCGGGCCACCCACACAAGGGCGCGGGCGGUGGCCGCGCCUCGAGGCCUGGGCGGAAGAGGGCCUCUCCCGCCCAGACCUCGAGGGGCGGUCACCUCAGGCCGUCCGCGACUUGGCCUGGCUCGCCCUGUCGCCGCACCUGCUGACGCCAGGCCUGCAGCUCCUGCAGCCCCCCGGCACCGUGGCCGAGUCGCUCGCGUGGCUGGCGCAGCUGGACGCGGAUCCGAGCGGGCUGCUGGAGGAGUUGCGAGCGGUGACGAACAUCCACAGGCUUGGCUUCUACGCCUCCUCGCUUACCGAGUACUGGCUGCGGCACGGGCCCUCAUGGGACGUGGGCGACUUCGUGACGGGGGUCCCGCUCACCUCACGCUCGGCCUCUGGGAAGUACGUGACCGCAGGACAGCUCAAGUUCGUGGGCUCGCGCCCAGCGGAGCUCCUGCACGUGGAGUCCUCCCUCAAGUUCUUCAUCGACGCCGUGCCGGCGAGGGCGCUGCAGGACGAGCUAGCAUCUAUGUCGCGCUUCGUGGGCCCUUUCCUGCACGAGAACUUCGCCUGGCGCCUGGCAGAGGCCCGGAGGAAGUUGGGCUCGUCCUCCAGCGAGGCGGUCCUGAAGUUCAUCCAGGCACGUCUGGGGGACGCCCCGGUGCGCUCGGCCUACUUCCUCAAGGGGUUCGUCUUCAGGCCCCUGGAGGACUUCCGCGCCGGCACGGCCUGGAGGACGCCGCCCGAGGUCAACGCAGGCUGCUGCGUAGGCUGGUACACCUCGAGCCUCGACGACCUCUCCGCCUCGCUGCCCGCCGGCGCGCGCGCCGCCAUCCUCCCGAAGCUCUUCUGGCUGGGCCCCGCGGAGGCCCACGGCAGCCCGCCGGCGGUCCCGGAGGCCUGCGGGCUCCGUGGCGGGCAGGACUCAGUGCCGGUGGAGGCUUGGCCGGUGGUCCGGGAGCAGAUCAAGCGGCAUUUCGCGCUCCACGAGAACGCGUUGCUGGUCUGCGUGUUGCUGCCGCUGGUAGGAGCCGAGGACGUGUGGGCGGAGGAGUCCCGCGGCUUCUUCUUCCCGCCCACAUGGGACCCGAAGGACCUCCUCACCGAUGGGCCACGAGGCAAGGUCACGUCGAGGGAGGCCAGGGCGGCCUGUGCGAAGCGGGCCGGCUUCGCCGACGUCCGCGGUCGCUACUCGGACAGCUUCGCGAACGAGGAGCGGCAGCGCCCGCCCGACCUGCAGGAGGCGAUGAUCCGCGGCACCGAGGGCGAGGACGAGCAGUUCUUCCCGCCUGGCACGGAGCUGGCAGUCGACGAUCUCGUGGCCCACGUCCUGGAGCACGCGCCGGCGAGCGGCGGUGGCCCCGAGAGCUGCGGCAGGAGGACGGCAUAUGCGAAGAAGCAGGCGAGCACGCUAGGCUGGGCGGGCACGCUGGACGGGCACGCUUGUCGGGCGCUCGCUAACCAGGCGCGCUAA